GGGAUAAUUGUCUUUCUUGUCGUGACAACACUGAUAAAACAAUUUCUGCGGACAUGUGUUGCACCACAGUCGCCUUUACUGGUAAAAGUCAAACAGGAAAUGCAGGAGAAAUGGUAUCCUUCGGCGAUGAGGAAGAUAGCAUGGUGAAAAUAAGCUCCUUGCCAAAUACUGAUGCUGUAAAUCUUGAGAACAAGCAGUGUUCAGAUGUUCAAACAACAGAUGAGACAAGCACCGAUAAUGGGUCAAAUGCACCUCCGCAGACUGCCUUGGAAUUUACACCAAUUGUCAGUAGUGUGGAAGCUGACUUGCCUAUUACACCCUGCAAAUUGGAGAAUGUGAAGGGCAGCCUUGGCCGGAAAGGGAAAUCGGAACAUUGCAGCAAAAAUCUUGAUAAUGGAUCAGGGAAGGAGGAUGGACCACAAGUUGGCAGCUCUUCGAAGAAGAGAGUUGGAGAAUGGCAAGAAGAUUGUACUGGAACUGGAGAUAAAGAUUUCGAGUAUUACGUCAAAGUAGUUAGAUGGUUAGAAUGUGGUGAACAUAUUGAUAAGACAUUCAGGCAGAAGUUCUUAACCUGGUAUAGCUUAAGAGCUACACCACAAGAUGUUAGGAUUGUAAAGGCAUUCGUUGAUAACCUUAUCGAAGAUCCAGCAUCACUUGCUGGGCAGCUGGUGGAUACUUUCUCUGAUGUUAUUUCAAGCAAGAGAUCCUCUGUAGUUCCUGGAGGCUUUUGCCUGAAGCUUUGGCAUUAACGGAUUCGGAAUGGAUCCUCUUCUCCCUGCUACAUGAUUUAUAAUUGCAAAUCCAUGGGGUUUGUUUAGCUUAACAUAAUUCUUUUAUUCCCAAAUUGUCCUAUCUCAUCAUUAUAAUUCUAUGUUGUAAACAUUUAGACCAUCUUUUAUUUUUCUCACAGAUUGCUUCUGCCCAAUUGAUCCACAUUUCUCUCUGGUAUGAAGUUGGAGUUGGAAUGAAAGGGAUCUGCUGUAAGAUUAUUUGAAAUAAAUAUCUAUUGGAUAUUUGAUUCUUU